CCGUUCUGUAGCGGCCCAACAAACCCCAAGACCCGCGUAGGACGCAGCCCCUCCCGUCCCCACCACUCCCGAGAUCUCCAACCCGAACCACCCACCCGCGCCGCCCAGAUGGCCGCCGGCACCUCGCCGGUGACGGCGGCGUUGGCGGCCUGGGCCUUCGCCGUCGCAACCUGCGUCAAGCUCCUCCUCGUCCCCACCUACCGCUCCACCGACUUCGACGUGCACCGCUACUGGCUCGCCCUCACGCACGCGCUCCCCGCCCGGCAGUGGUACACCGACGCCUCCUCCCAGUGGACGCUCGACUACCCGCCCUUCUUCGCCUACUUCUCCCGCCUCCUCUCCCUCCCCGCGCCGGUCGUCGACGUCACCCUCGUCUCAAUCCCCGUGGCCGACUCCCCGCCCUUCGCACAUCUCCUCUACCUCCGCCUCACCGUCGCUUUCUCCGAUCUCCUCCUCCUCGGGUCCGUCCUCUUACUGGCAAGGGACGCGCGGCAGAGGCAGCGGCCGUUCCUCGCUCUCGCGCUCGUCCUGUGGUCGCCGGCGCUGCUCGCUGUCGACCACGUCCACUUCCAGUACAAUGGAUUCCUCAUGGGGCUUCUGCUGCUUUCGCUCUACUUUCUCGAGCAGGGGUGGGAUCUGGCCGGGGGAGUCGUGUUCGCUUCGUUGCUGUGCUCGAAGCACCUGUUCCUCGUGGCUGCGCCGGUGUACUUUGUGUAUUUGUUCCGGCAUUAUUGCUGUGGCCGAGGUGUCGUGAAGGGGCUAGGAAGGCUGGUGCUGAUGGGUGCUGGAGUGGCUGCUGUUUUUGCCGCAGCAUUUGCCCCCUUCGUGUACUAUGGACAGAUUCAACAACUAUUUAACCGAUUGUUUCCCUUUGGCCGAGGCCUAUGCCAUGCUUACUGGGCUCCAAACUUUUGGGUAUUCUAUAUAAUACUUGACAAGGUCCUUGCAUUUCUUCUUAGAAGACUAGGCUUCAAUAUUGCCAUACCUGAAGCUUCAUUUACCGGGGGGCUUGUUGGUGAUUCAUCUCCUUUUGCUGUUCUUCCCAAGGUCACCCCAAUUACUACGUUCUUAUUGGUCAUACUUGCCAUGACUCCAUGUCUUGUCAAAGCAUUGUCUAAUCCCCAAACCAAGCAUAUUGUUAGAUGGGUUUCAUAUGCUUGCACAUGUGGAUUUAUGUUUGGAUGGCACGUACAUGAGAAGGCAUCACUUCAUUUCACUGUCCCGCUUGCCCUAAUUGCCAUGGAUAGCUUGAACGAUGCCAGACAUUACUUUUUCCUAUCUAUAGUUUCAUGCUACUCUCUAUUCCCGCUGCUGUUUGAGAAACAAGAGUACCUGAUAAAGGUGAUGCUGCUGUUGACCUACGCUGCCCUCAUGUGGGUAGGUUUUACGUCACAUUUUGCUGCAAACUCUGACCAGGAAGGAAAGAAAGUAAAUCGGUCAGGAAGCACAGUGAAGACGAAGGGCUUCGUUGGAUGGAUUGGUUUAAGCUAUCUUUUGGGAAUUGGAGCUAUAGAGUUAUGGUCUCAAGUAUUGCACCGUCAUGUAUUUGGCGAUAGACUCCCCUUCCUACCUCUCAUUAUGGUGUCGUUCUAUUGUGGAGUUGGAAUGAUUUACUCCUGGAUGUGGCAGCUCAUGUAUAUAGUCAGACAUACAUGAUAUAUAACCAGUGACUUAUAGAAGCAUUCAUUUGCCUUUCUUGGGUUGAGACUAACUGUGAUGACAUGCUGCCUGGACUAAUGUAUCUGACAAACAUUGUCAUGACUGGGAUGGCCUUCUCAUAGUUUCUGAAGUCAUUGUUUGUUUGAAAGAAAUUUUGGAGAUGCAGUGUCUUUUUGGAGAUGUAAUGUCUUUUUGGAGUUGUGUGAUAGUGUCAUGAUGUAAUGUUACUUUCUGUAACAGAGCUGUAUGUAACAGCUUGCUUCAUAGGUCGGUUCCUUUUGUUUCCCGCAUGUUUAUGAUUUUCAUAGCUUGUGACUGCUGCCCCGACCGCCGAGCAAUUGUGUGUAUGAUGUAUCAAUUAUUCAAUUUCAUAGGAAGAAAAGAAAAUAAACAGAAUGUA